AAACCCGCCGCCCAUUAGGGGAGAUUUGGCGCUGCAGUCUCCGCGCCAAUAUACGGCUGCCGCGCCAUUCAUCGAGUUUCGAGUGAUGGCAGCUUCCAUCGAAAUGAAGACGAGAACGCUGGAGGCCGAGAAACUAAAAAAAUACGACAGACAGCUCAGGCUCUGGGGUGACCACGGACAGGCCGCUCUCGAAGCUGGCCACGUUUGCCUCAUCAAUGCCACGGCCACAGGGACAGAAGUUCUGAAGAGUGUCGCGCUUGCUGGUAUUGGUGCAUUUACCAUCGUCGACGGCAACCAAGUCACUGCCGAAGACGUUGGAAACAACUUCUUUCUUGACAAGGAUAGCAUCGGCAAGCCAAGAGCUCAGACUGCUACCAAAUUGCUUCUGGAGCUCAACCCUGAUGUUCAGGGAGACUUUGUGGAUGAGACUCCCGAGCACCUCCUGGAACACAAUCCACGCUUCUUCUCCAAGUUCUCAGUCGUGGUUGCCACCGGGCUCAAGGAAAAGACCCUGCUGGACUUAGCCGCGAAGCUGUGGGAUGCUGGAGUGCCGUUGCUGGUGUGCCGCUCGUACGGGAUGAUUGGCUACAUGAGGCUCCAGGUCAAGGAACACCCAGUGGUGGAGACGCACCCGGACAAUGCCCUGGACGACCUGCGGCUGGACCGGCCCUUCCCUGCGCUCCGGGCGUUGGUGGAUGCCACGCGAAUGGAGACACUGGGCGACAGGGACCACAGCCACACCCCCUACGUCGUGCUGCUCCUCAAGGCGCUGGACCAGUGGCAGGCCCUGAAUGGAGACAGGCUGCCUACCACCUCUGCUGAGAAGGAGGAGUUGAGGACGCUGAUCAAGAGAGGUGUAAGGGUGGCAGAGAACGGGGCUGUUGACGGAGAAGAAAACUUUGAAGAAGCAGUCAGGGCCGUGAAUAAAUCCCUCUGCCCUACACGGGUGCCGCCGCACGUGACUAGACUGUUCCAAGACACCGCCUGCCUCGACCUGGGCUCUGAGAGCGGGCCGUUUUGGAUACUGUUGCGGGCCCUGAAAGAUUUCGUCGACAACGAAGGAGGAGGGCUGCUGCCGGUCAGGGGGACCCUCCCGGACAUGACGGCGGACACGGCAAGAUACGUCCAGCUCCUUGGCGUGUACCACGAGGAAUCCGAAAAGGACGUCCUGGCGGUGUACACGAGGGUUCAGCAACUCCUCACGAACCUGGGGAAGCCUCAAGAUUUUGUCACCGAGGCAGACGUCAGACUGCUCUGCAAGAAUGCCCACAGCCUGCACCUCCUCCGAGGGAGGUCCAUCAAGCAGGAGCACAGCCCCGAGGAAGCGAAGGUCCACGACAUCCUGACCAACCUGGAUUCUCCGGACAGCGAGAUGGUCUACUACGUGAUGCUGCGGGCAGUGGACCGGUUCUACAACGAAUACAACCGCUACCCUGGCUUCUUUGAGGACCAGCUAGAGACAGACAUCAGCAAGCUCAAGACUUCCCUGUGCCACCUGCUUCAGGACUGGGCAUCUGGUCCCGUUGCAAAGGACGACUAUGUGCACGAAAUGUGUCGCUAUGGAGCCGCUGAAAUUCACACCGUGGCCGCGUUCAUCGGGGGCUGUGGAGCGCAGGAAGUGAUCAAGUUGGUCACGGGACAGUAUGUCCCCCUCGACAACACCUUCAUCUUUAACGCUAUGGCCUCCACUUCGGAAACAUUUACCUUGUAACAAAGCGACUGCUCAUUUCCUUUUUCUGUCUACAUGUUUCCGGACAGAAGAGGAAGUAAAGCAUUUGGUUCACUUUUCGUACCAGUGGCAUCGAAAUAAAUGUGGCUUUUUUU